CAUGGAAACGCGGUCCGCCGUCCCCGAUUGGACGGUUCGCGGGUUCCCCUGGAGGCCACCUUCUGGUCCUGCUGCGGAACGACGGGCGGGCCUUGGAAGCGGGGAGAGGUGUGUCGGGAGUUGUAGGCGAUGGGCGUGGCUUCUGCAGAGCGGUGCACGCCGGAAGUUGCAGUUCCCGGGCGAGGCACUUGGCUGCCCCACACCGAGCUCGGGCCUCACCCGGAUGGCGGCUGCGACGCACGGCUGUUGGCCCUGGGGCUCGCUCCUCGGGCUGCUCGGGCUGGUCUCGGCCGCGGCCGCCGCCUGGGACCUGGCUUCCCUGCGCUGCAACUUGGGCGCCUUUUGCGAAUGCGACUUCCGGCCCGACUUGCCGGGUCUGGAGUGUGACCUGGCUCAGCACCUGGCCGGCCAGCAUCUGGCCAAGGCGCUGGUGGUGAAGGCGCUGAAGGCCUUUGUGCGGGACCCAGCCCCCACCAAGCCGCUGGUCCUCUCCCUGCACGGCUGGACCGGCACCGGCAAAUCCUAUGUCAGCUCCCUGCUGGCGCACUACCUCUUCCAGGGCGGCCUCCGCAGCCCCCGCGUGCACCACUUUUCUCCCGUCCUCCACUUCCCCCACCCCAGCCACAUCGAGCGCUACAAGAAGGAUCUUAAGAGCUGGGUCCAAGGGAACCUCACUGCCUGUGGCCGCUCCCUCUUCCUCUUCGAUGAGAUGGACAAGAUGCCCCCAGGCCUGAUGGAAGUCCUGCGGCCUUUCCUGGGCUCCUCCUGGGUUGUAUACGGGACCAAUUACCGCAAAGCCAUCUUCAUCUUCAUCAGCAACACGGGUGGCGAGCAGAUCAACCAGGUGGCAUUGGAGGCGUGGCGCAGCCGGCGGGACCGCGAGGAGAUCCUUCUGCAGGAGCUGGAGCCGGUCAUCUCCCGCGCGGUGCUGGACAACCCGCACCAUGGCUUCUCAAACUCAGGCAUCAUGGAAGAGCGCCUCCUAGAUGCAGUGGUGCCCUUCCUCCCGCUCCAGCGGCACCACGUCCGGCACUGCGUGCUCAACGAGCUGGCCCAGCUGGGCCUGGAGCCAAGGGACGAGGUUGUCCAGGCUGUGCUGGACAGCACCACCUUCUUCCCUGAGGACGAGCAGCUCUUCUCCUCCAACGGCUGCAAGACCGUGGCCUCCCGAAUCGCCUUCUUCCUCUGACUUUCUGGGUGGUGUCCUUGGCUCCCCUGAUGGCCAGGGCAUGCAGGAAAGGCCUGGGGCCUCUGUCACAGGAACCCGGAGCACCAAGUGAGAUGAACGGAGUGUCGGCUAGGCCACGGGACAGAUGGCCGGGAAGGGCCUGGCCUCUAAACUGGCUCGAGAGCAUCUUGGCCCCGGCCACCUUCCCCAGGGAAACCCCUGGUCACCCCAGAACCUCACUGAGCCUUGACCUCCCCCUGCAGCCUGAGCCUUCUUACUGUGAAUUAUAACUCAGGGACUGUGGCUCGUGGCGGUGCUCCCUCCUCAGUCUGCCACCCUUGCCCCUUGCCUCCUUGGUCGGGCACGAUACCCCCUCCCCUCCACCCCACACCCUGUGUCCGUAUCAAGCCAGGUGGAGCCUUCUCAGUUUCCAGAAAUGGAGGGACUCAAGCUGCCACUUGGGCCUGGUUUUAGAAGUUUUUAAUUUUGUAAAAGAAGAGAACAAGUAUAAUAAACUCAGCUGUGGGACCAGA